UGCAAUUGGAACGAAAUUAUUAAAAUAAAAUGAAGGCUCUCACUUCAAACGGUAAAAGAGAUCCUCAAUUGAUCAAAGAGAAUAAAAUAGUGAACAAAAUGAGGAAGAUGUUCAUCAAGGGUAUCGAUCCUCAUUCAAAUAAACCUGUCCUUACUCUCAAGGAUAAACAGCGAAAGGUGUCUCCCAAAUAAGGUUCACAAAAGAGGGAAGAAUGUAUGAGAUUAUGGUAUUUUCCCCAGUUCAGAGACUAUUUCCUUCCCAAUACUUGAGAAGAGCAAUAGUCAAACUUUCAUCGAUUCCAAAAACAUAGCGAAUCCUACCAUAAAUCUGUGCCAAGAUGUGGCCAGGAGCCAAAUAAUGGAAGAGCAGAGCGAGACUAGUUCCGAGCCGAUAUCCAGAAAGUUCAACCGGAGUAUCAUCAAGAUAAAGAAAUUGAACAGCCCUAAACGUGUAGAGGCUUCCCCAGUCUUCCUUCGUGACAUCCCCAAAAAGAGAUUUAAAGAGAAAAAGCAGAUUAAAAUCCCGAUGAUAAAAAGGUCUUUCAAACAUGGGCUUGUCAAGAAUGCUGUUCAGUUCAAAAAGGAAAUUUUCGAUCCCUUCAGAGAGAAAUAGAAAGCAACUUAGUAUGAAGCAAAUAGGCAAGGAUAAACUCAAGCCUCGCAUUUCAGACUUCGAGAUAGGACUCUUGGAUGAAUUCAUUCGAAACCGUUUUGGUCUGUCCAAACAAAUGACAGCCUAUGAUGUCUUAAUUGCCAAAGCUAUGCAAGCCAAGCAAGGUCAAGAAGCUAAACCAAGAAGGAAGAAGAAGUCGCUAUCUCCUGACUUAAGCUACAUGUCUGAUCGGAAUCCUUACUUCAUCGAUUUUGCUAAAUCAAUGAAGAAUCACGGCAAGGAGAUAAUCGAAAGUAUCGGAAGAAACCCAAGAUUUCAGAGACAAAACCACACUGAGAGUUUCUCUCUUGAAAAUAGUGUUUUAGAUGACCAUUUCAGCCAAAACCAUAUGUCACCUAAAAAGCGUGUAAAUUUAAGGAGCCUUGACAUAGCGAAAUGAAAAGAUAUCAUGGAAAAGACAACUGUGGAAAGCCUGUAUUCUACUGGGCAGCAUUCUUUACCAUUCAUCAAAGGUAACGCCCAAAGGUACGACAGGAGAGAAAGAACGUUGGACUGAAGCAAUGUGUCUAACCUCUUACCGAUCCUUAACUCAGGCUUAGACAUUAAGAAUCCUGACAUGCUUGAAAGAAGUGCUGAAAGGACCGAUAAUAUCAAAUCUAUGAUCAAACAACUAGACAGUAAAUAUUUCUCCCCUAGAUCAGAACUUGAGAACAAAAAGAGAAAGAACAAGAAGCUAUACAGAAGCAUGGCUCUCCAGUCAAACGACGAUGGAACUAAGGCCGACAGUCAGUACGAGUUUGCAAAGAAGUUCAACAUAAAGUGACUGUAUCAGGGCUCUGAUAACUUCUUGAAGCUGAAACGAAAGAUUUAUCUCGAGCAAGUCAGACAGCUAUAAUUUUUCAAUAUUAUUAUUAGAA